GUGCUGCAUUCUCCCUCUUGCCUUGCUCGUGUCUGAGGGCUUGUAACAAAAAGUCGUCAAGCCCGACUGGAAAGAUCUGUUAUACUUCACUGUAGCUGGUCCACGCAGAAAAUCUUAUUUUAGCCUAGCGGACACCUCGCCAAAUCCUGCCAGCGUCCGAGACCAACGCUGCUGGGCAACUUCACAAGCCUGCGGUCGGAACUCUCGGAUACAAGCUAAACCUUCACCCAGAGGACAUACCUUCAUUACGAUGCCCGAAACGUCUUGACGAGUCUAUUCUGCCUGAGUUUGUCUUGCGUCCUCGUUCGGCUUUGAAAUGUCAUUUAGCUUUCAAUGGCCGCGGUUCUCCGACCAGUUCCAUGAGAACGCGAUACAGCUUUUAAACAAUGCAUUAAACAAGGGAAAUAAGCCACCGGUCAUUGCGGACAGGAUUGAAGUCGUUGAAUUGGAAAUGGGCACUCAGCCUCCAGAACUCGAAAUACGAGACAUAGGAGACCUGACUAUGAGUCAAUUUCGUGGUAUAUUCAGGCUAACAUAUGCAGGCGAUGCGCACAUAGUACUAAGGACGAAAGUUCAGGCGAAUCCGCUUUACCACAAGAAGCCCGAUAUACACCUCAUGGGUGGUAGCAAAGGCAUGGUGGCAGCAAAUCAGCCACUAAUUGUCCCUAUGCUACUCCGACUUUCCAACUUCAAACUCAAUUCCUACGUUGUACUGGUCGUUUCCAAGCAGAAGGGCAUUACACUCGUCUUCAAAACGGACCCACUCCAGAAUGUCGAUAUCAAUAGUACCUUCGACUCAUUCACGGUGAUUCAGAAGUUCAUCCAGAAAGAGAUUGAGGGUCAACUUAGACAGAUGUUCCGUGAGGACCUCCCGAGCAUUAUUCAUCGGCUUAGCCAGCAGUGGAUCAAGAAAUCUACUACGGUCGAGGCACCCUAUCUAGCGAAGCGACCAGCCAUGCGCCCGCAUGCCGGACUGGAAACUAUGUCAAAUCCAGAUUUCGCCCUCGGACGCGCGUUCUCGCCAAAUACGAAUCCACUUAUGGCAAGACGAGGUCCUUUACGACCGUCAGAAUUCCUACAAGGUAUUCCUCAGCGACGAUCAUCAACACUGCGUAGUGUUUCUUCGAAACCCUCGCUCACCACUCUCCGAUCAGCACCGGCUACCCCACAAGUUAUAUAUGAUCAGGAGACAGGCACCUUCAAGACUGAAAUACCCGAAUCAAAGGCGUUCAGUCAUCUGGGUCGUAUUCAUCGCGAAAGUAGGGGGCUAGCGGACCUUGCGGAAGAGGAGAGCGAAUAUGAUGGAACGGACGGAGAUGGUUCUUUCGAUGUAGUAGACUGGGACGAAACCAUGACGGACAUUCUGCCACCGCGAUCAGAGAUGAAUGUGACGGAAUACGAAAGUAUCCCUGCUGUAGGCGGUGGUAUGAUUACUCGCCCACGCGUAUACCACGCUUCUUCUCUAUUACACCAAACCCCGUCCUCCACAACCUCUUCAAGAGGUCUAUCAUCACCAGGACUCACUGCUCCGGCUCUCCAUCGACUAUCUCAGUCGUUAGCAGAUAUGCGUCAUCCAUCGCCAUUGAACCCGUAUAUGCCUAAUUCCUCCACGCCAGCGACAAGAAGGACGAGUUGGGAAGGUCCAUCUAUACAGGAAGGGACCCAGCUCACUGACGGGUUACCACAAUAUGCUUCCUCCCAGAUUCCGACGAUUAGGCGAACGAGCGUCGAGGACGAGCUGGAUGAAUUUCCGUUUGAGAACACAGCUAGUACUCCGCCACUCGUUCGACAACGAAGCGGGAACGAACAAUCCAGUUCCUCUUCAAACCCUUCUCCUAACGUCGUGCGUCUAGGCGUAACUGGAGACACCUCCUUCGAACGCGCAGGGGUCAGUCGACGAAGCUCAGUAUCGUCUCAAACUGUACCACCAUUCGCAACCUUCUCCGACAUGAGCGAUCCAGAUGCCGAGCCUAAGAUAAUCUUACGACCAGGCAUAAACAAUGCAGUCUCACAACUCUCCCUUCUCAACCGGUCAAAUCAAACUUUAUCUCCCUACACGCGUCCCCUUCAACAUUUCAUGAUUCGCAGCGUACCUCCGAGAAUGGCGAUGUCGCGUGAGAGGUCACAAGGGACGAUAUCCGACCGUCAACCAGUGAAGGCAAAACGGAAGAGAGUGUACAGGCUCGGAGGCAAAAACACAGAGAAGUCUGACGAGUCGCAGAUUCCUUCACGGCCCUCUGCACCAGAAACGACGAGCAAUCCGCCUCAGUCGCCUUCAACCACUGCAUCCGAUUUCGAUGCAACCGAGAUCGAUCGGUAUUUCCGUUCACGAGACGAAUACUCUCCCCGUCUUCGUACUUCGAGCUUAGAACCUCCACUCUUGAACCCUGCAUAUUUACGACGUCGGUCAUCUAUCAAUUCACGAAAGUUGUAG